AGAUAUGUAAACAGAUUGGACAGAAUUUCAUGUACAGUUCUGUAAUAGAUAUUGUUAUGAUAAAAGUUUUAGUAUUGAAUUUCCUGAACAUUUGACAGGAAGCAAAAUGGAAAUAGACCAUAUUUCGGACAAAUAUCAGGUACUACUUGUAUAGGUAGAUGCAACAGAAGGCAUGGAGAAGGAAGGAUGUAUAACAUUGACACAUUCACCUAGGAGAGCAACAAAAGCUGCCACUGUUAAUGCACUCUCAUUGAAAAAGAAGAAAAAUGUUUGUGAGGACAAAGCUGAGCAAUUACAGGGUUCAAUCACAAGAGGUAGAAGUAUGAAGCAUAGGAAAGAGAAAAGACCUGAUGAUUGUUCUGGUGUUAGACAAACAUGCAGGCGUGUCAAAUUAAAGAAGUGUGAAGAUUUUGUGUAUGGAAAUACUAAAGUAGCAACAUACAAGCAGAUGAGGAACAAUGCUUCAAUAACAAAGAAGCAUACUCUUAAAAGCUUGAAUAAGGAGAAGUAUAAACCUGUAGAUGCCUUUAAUCAAAAUGACGAACAUGUCACAAAAGGUCAUCAUGAAUCUAGCAGGGGCAAAAAAGUACAGACAGGUGUGAAAAAAGGGGUCACACGUUCCAAAGAUGUCUCAUUAAUUUCGGAAAAGAAUGAAUCAUUUGUCGAUAAUUCAGAGGUGUGUGCUAGAAAAUGCAUAAAAAGAAAAUUGACAGUUGUAGAUGAAAGUGAAGAAAGUGCAAACGAAAUUGCUGCGAUAAAGGGUUAUAGAAAUAGAGGUAGAAAUAAUUUAAAGAAUUCAAAUAAAGGAAAAAUUGCAAAACAUAAUGAGAAUCAUUUGAGAAAAGAAAGCAUGGUAAAAAGAGAUUCUGUUACAGAAAAUGAAGAAAUGGUAUAUUCAAGAAACAGCAACAAAACUAAGAUACAAAAACAAAAGUAUGGAACUAAAAUGGCAGACAAUGUAAAGGGUAAAACUUCUGAAAAAAGUGGGAACAAGCGUGAAUCAGAUACAUCAUCAUAUGGUGUGGGCACUUUCAGAGUGGAUGAACUGGACAAAGAUAAGGAGAAACAUGAAAUUGCAACAAAUGUAGAAGACAUUGGAAGGAAGAGAACUAUUCGGGGGAAGUCAAAGAACAGGAUGAUGGGCAAAAAGUUGUAA